AUGAGCUCGAUCGAUGUCCACAGUUGCGACAACACGAGCCCGUUUCACCAUAUGAGAUGUUUGCCAGAGUCAUUGGCCUUGGUCCACAAUUUGGUCCAUGCCGAGGUUGAGGAACAUCCCAAUUCGGAGGCGGUUGUUUCCUGGGAUGGCAUCCUUACUUACAAAGCGCUCGAUGACACCGCCACACGUCUUGCGGGUCACCUUGUACGCGAGGGAGUCAAGCCAGAAACAAUUGUACCGCUGCUUUUCGAAAAGUCCCGAUGGGCAGUUGUCAGCAUGCUUGCCAUCAUGAAGGCCGGUGGUGCCUUUAUGCCCCUGGACAUAUCCCAGCCAGAAUCGCGUCUUCGUGCGGUGAUUGCCGAGAGUCAUGCUGCAUUUGCUCUAUGCUCGGCAAGCUGUUAUGAGCUCUGCUCUUCCCUGGUUCAGAGGGCCUUCUCCGUCACAGAGAGGACUAUUGCAGACUUAGACGAGUCUACCUAUCAGUGCCCAGCGAGCAUCGGCGAUGCCGCUUACGUCAUGGCUACUUCGGGAAGUACCGGAAAGCCCAAGCUCGUCGUCACAGAGCAUGCGCAGUUGUCGUCAUUCGUCGCCCAUCUCACGCAACCACUGGGUUUCACCUCGCACACAAGAGCGUUCCAGUUCGCUUCAUAUGCCUUUGAUCCAAUCAUCGGAGACAUCUUUCUGACUCUUGCUGCGGGCGGUACUGUUUGCAUCCCAUCAGAGGAGCAACGCAGGAGAGACGUCGUUGAAGCCAUGAGCAGUAUGAGAGUCAACCUUGCGAAAUUCACUCCAUCAUUCGUCAGCUCUGUGCCGGACCUGACAACAGACAACCUGCCCACCCUCAAGACGCUAAUUCUUGGAGGGGAGGUUGCGCCUACUGCGCUCAUUAAGGAGUGGCAACACAAGGUCGACUUGAAACUGAUAUACGGCUCGACUGAGUGUACUGUCAGCUGCGUCGUACAGAACCCAACUUCGAAUGAUAAUAUCCAGGGUGAGAUUGGCCAACCAGUCGCGAGCCGAAUUUGGGUUACGCACCCUUCGAGAAACAAUUCAUCUGGCGAGUUUGUAACGGUUGCUGAAGAUGAUGUGGGUGAGCUUGUUAUUGAAGGUCCACUGGUAGCUCGGGGUUACCUGAAUGCGGUCCGUGAAAGCAAUGCCAAGUUUUCAAACCGUGAGAUGCAUCGGGCGUAUCGAACAGGGGACUUGGUCCGCCAAUUACCCGAUAGACGACUUGUCUACGCGGGGAGGGUUGACAAUCAGGUGAAGAUCCGUGCACAGAGGAUGGAGUUAGAAGAGGUCGAAGAGAAUAUUCGCCGAGCUCUCGAAACACUCAACGUACGUGCCAAGAGCGUACUGGCCGACGCAGCAGUACCGCUUGGUUCGAACGAUACACAACUUCUGGCAGUAUUGUGUCUGGACACUACCGAACCCUUGGGGUCGCUCCUUUGUGGCGAUGGGAGAUGCGGAGCGACCAUGAGUCUCUCUCCAAGAACAACUCGUAACUUCGCAAGUCUUCUGUCGCUACUUGAGCCAAAGAUGAGGGAGCUGGUGCCUGGAUUUAUGGUGCCGACUUUGUGGGUUCCCAUUGACGACAUGCCCUUCACCCUGUCGCGCAAACGUGACCGACAGAGGAUACGACACAUCCUAGAGAGCUUCCCAGCUAGGUGGCUGGCCGCAUUUUCGAAUUCCCAGGGAAACUUGCUUGAGAGGAGCAACGCAGAAGGAUUCAUACUUACGGAAAAUGAGGACCUGCUCCGAAAGCUGUGGUCAAGCGUGCUUGGAAUUGACUCCACUUCCAUCCAGCCUGACGACAACUUUUUCCAUCUCGGAGGCGACUCUCUGUUAGUCAUGAAGAUGAUCUCAAUGGCAAGAAGAGUGAAUAUUGUCCUUGUUGCAGAAGAUGUUUUUGCACACCCUGUCUUAAAACAUCUGGCACCUGAGCUUGUUUCUUUACAGCAGUCUGCCGAUCUGGCCCCUUUCUCUUUGCUUGAGCCGUCUGUUAGGCUGGGAAUUCGUCAGGAGACGGCUCUGCAGUGUGGAGUACGACUAGAGGACAUCGAGGACAUAUUUCCAUUGUACUCGAUGCAAGAACAGUAUGUCUUUAGCUACCCCGAGUUAGGCCGCGGCAGCUCUGGGCCUUGGGACUGGCAGCAGCAGAUUGUUUUCUUACUUCCCGAAUCCUUUAACAUACCACUCUUCAAGUCGAUAUGGUCUGACGCAGUGAGGUCCCACCCUCAGCUUCGUACACGCGUCGUCAAAACCUCACACGGCGUGUACCAAGCUGCUCUGCGGAACGAAGUCGCGCCUACUUGGAGAGAGGUUGACAAUCUAGAUGACUAUGUGCGUUGGGAUAGGCAGACUAGCAUGUCGUUUGGCGACGAGCUUUUGCGAUUGGCAAUCACGAAGUCUACGCAGCCCUGUCACUUCGUGCUCACGAUGCAGCAUCUGAUUUAUGAUGCUUAUUCGCGCGAUAUGCUCUUCAAGGAGCUAGAGAGUGCGUACAAAAAUCAGUCUUACCCCAGAACCCACCCGCCGAAAGUCAGUCAAUUCAUCAAGUAUGUCAACGGAGCAGACCGCCAGUUGGGAAGCCAGUUCUGGUCUGCUUAUCUCGCAGGAUCAUCGACAAAGGCCCUUCUUUCCGCGGCUAUCGGUAGCGAGGUGAAGGAGCUGCAAAUUCAUAGAUGGACCUUAGCAAAACCUCACCUCCCACCCUUGGACUACACCUUGGCGACAAUCAUCGAAUGUAGCGUGGCAUUGGCUAUUUCUCGGCUCCUGAACUGCAGAGACGUGGUAUUUUAUUCCGACCGGGCCGGUCGCAACCUCCCUGUUGCCGGCAUACAAGACCUCAUGGCCCCGGCGACACUUUAUCUUCCAUUGCGUGUCCGUGUUGAUCCUCGGCAACGAGUCCAUGAUCUACUCUAUAACCAUCAGCGAGCCAACACUGCGAUGAUGCCUUACGAGUACAUGGGGUUCACCGAGUUGAGGAAGCUGGAUAACCUCAAAGACGUCUUGGGGCAUGCUCUCAACAUGAACAUCAAUCCAUAUACUCCUCUUGGAGAAAUAGGGGCAAGCAUGGGGUUGACGGUGGUUGAUGAACACGAAAGGUGGGGUGACCCUUUCACAGUCGAUGUAUCUGUGCGCGAAAAUGAGCUGAGAUUUGCGGUCUACUUUGACGAGAAGUUUGUGCGCGAGAGUGUGGUCAAGGAAAUGAUGAGGCAUAUCAAGGAGGCCUUCCGAUUACUAUCUACUGCUCACAUGAACUUGCGAGUGUCUGUGGGCGACAUUCUGCAGAAUCUGAGCAUUUCCAAUAACUCUUAG